UGCGUAGAUUGAAUCACUAGUUGUUUUUUUAGUUUCUGUUAGUGCAACAGACAUUAGUAAAUGGAGUAGAAAAUCUUAAAUUUGUGAUUUUUGGUGUUUACAUUCAUCAUUGAAUUCACAAAUAAAUAUUUUUACGAAUGACGUUUGUUCGAAUGGCUAUACAUUUGUGAAAUCUAAUUGGGUGAACGUGACUGUUGGCGAAUUGUCUAUUGGAAGUUUUAUAUUAAAACGAAAAAUGGAGAGUAUAUUUCACGAAAAGCAAGAGGGUUAUCUUUGUGCACAACAUUGUUUGAAUGCUCUUCUUCAAGGACCAUACUUCAAUGCUGUUGAUUUAGCUAACUUGGCUCAACAAAUGGAUGAAGAAGAAAGGAUAAGAAUGGCAGAGUCAGGAGUUGAUUCCGAAGAUUAUAGACAAUUCUUAGAGCAACCAUCAGAAAAUAUGGACGAUAGUGGAUACUUUUCGGUACAAGUGAUAAGCAGUGCAUUGAAAGUAUGGGGACUGGAGCUAAUUCCCUACAAUAGUACUGAACCAACAGCACUUACAGCACAAAAUAAUCCUUCACAAAUGCGGGCUUAUAUAUGCAAUUAUAAAGGUCACUGGUUUACAAUUAGAAAAAUUGGUAAUCAAUGGUUUAAUUUGAAUUCUAUUCUAAGUGGUCCACAGCUCUUAUCGGACACUUAUUUAGCUAUGUAUCUUGCGCAGCUGAUUCAAGAAGGUUACUCCAUUUUUAUUGUUAUUGGAGAUUUACCACCAUGUCCUGCUGAUGAUAUUUUACUCAAAAAUCCAGUUUCUGCUACUUCGAAAUCAAAAUCAAUCUCUCAAGUACCUAAGAAAUUUGAUUCUGUAGGGUAUAGAUUAGGUACGGCUGAAGAAGAUGAGCAGGCUAAAAUACAACAGGCUGUAUCAGCAUUAGAGAGAGUAAAAGUACCUUCCUCUUCAUGGAGUUCUACUAGUUCAAAUCCCCCUUCUAAUGGACCUAAAGAGCGAAUUAUCCCCAUAGUGCUAGAAGAUGAUUCGAAUGAUGAAGAUGCUGCUAAUUUACAGAGAGCAUUAGAAUUAUCGCUUCAAGAUGUUGAUGAAGAUGAAACGAAUGAGCAAUUAACAAUGAGGUUAGAUGUGAAUGGUGGUAGAGGAAAUACGUCAAAGAAAGAGGAAGAAGAUGAAGAUGAUGAGUUGAGAAAAGCCUUACAAUUAAGUUUAGAGUGUGUGACAGCUCCAACAACUCCAGAUCCCGAUGAUCUUCGUUGGCGACGCCUUGCAUACCUUGGUAUACCAGCGAGACCAUCGAACAAUGAAUCUAAAUUAAAUACUUAACAAAUCUUCUAAUUCAAAUCUAUAUUUCUACAUUAAUCAUGAUUAUUUUUGGAUAAAGAAUACAAAAAAUUCAACAUAAUUUUAAUGGAUGAUAUAUUUGUUGAAAUAAUCAAGUGUACUAAUUUUUAAUCUUAAAAAAAUUAUUAAUGUUGGAGAUUUUUAAUGGUUUUACAUACCAAUAGUGAAAAUGUAUUCAAACAGAAAAUAAAUAUAAAAAAAAUGUACAUUACUGAGAGAAAUUUAUGUACAUGCAACUAGAGAUUAACUUUUUU